GGGGGGAGUGCCGUCUCGCGACGGUCCUUGCCUGCUGCGCGUGUGCUGACAAGGAAUUGGCAUCGAGUGGGCGGAUGCUAAACCAACAUUGCGGUGACUGUGGCAGCAGCAGUUCACCAUUGAUUUAUUCUAGUGUAUGUAGAUCCUUUGUGUUCUCCGCAUCAUUUCGUGUCUCCCUUUUUCUUUGCUGCUGGUGCUGUUGUGGAGGAAGAUAUGUCAUAUCGCGGAUACGGUGGCUACCACCGCGGUCGCGGCGGCCGAGGCGGGAGCGGCGGGCCCUACAGCGGACCGCACGGGCCGUCUGCGUUGGAGCAGCCG